AUGCGAUACUCCCUCCCUUUGAUCACGCCAGCAUUGGCCUUGACCUCAAUUCUCCCGACGGCGACAAGUCUAGUCAUUGGGCCCUUCGAGCAGCGUCCCUACGAGCAGCAACACUGGUUUGAAACUCGACAACAGAAGAGUCAACGUCCAGAUACUUCAAGAUUAGCAGCCUCGCUCGUUAUCGACACCUUUCAAACUCCUCUACACAAUGAUCUUGGGUUCUGGCAUGGCACCGGCGAGAACUUGACUUUCCAGCACGAGCCUGGGUCCAUGCGCUUGUUUCCUACAGACCCGGACCAGAAUUUCCACACGCAGUUCAACUCACAUACGUGCUUCAGCUUGUCUCCCUGGAGGGACCAGUAUCUGCAUGUGGUGUUCGAGGGCAACGAGGACUUUACGGUGUCGUUGAAUGAACACAAUGCGGAGUGCAAUCCGGCUCGAGCGCCUUUUCCUGGUGUGCCGGACAGCGUUCAGGCCUCGCGAUACGUUAUGAGAACUCGGUCGUGGGACCCGGAUGAUGGAAGUAACGACUGGGAUGAUGAUUGGAAGCUGGGGAAGCAAAGACGGCCUCUCAAGCAUCGACUCAAGAAUGACACUAGGAAUGGUGGCCGCCAGCGUCCUGCAUGGUCGAAGAGGAGCGAGCUGUUCAUUCCGUUGUCCCAUUUCCGCGUCAACCACGAGCGGCUUGUCUCUGUCUCUUUCACUGGAUUCUACACUGAUGAGCCCCUUACUCUUUAUCGGGUCGAGAUCGUGCCGGAUGUUCCUGGCCCAUCCUCGUGGAAUAAUUACUUCCACGUUCCGAAGAAGCUUCCAACAGGACAAUUGAUCCUGCGGUGCAGUCGACCCAAUUCAUUCGCCUUUGGUAUUGACGAUGGUCAACCUGAAUAUGCGCAGGAGGUCAUGCGAAUUCUGGAUGAGGAGAAUGUGCGGGUGACGUUUUUUGCUGUUGCUACCGGACUCAGAGAUAGAACGACCAAUUUUACCAGGUUUUAUCGGGAGAUGCUGAGGAAGGGUCACCAGGUUGCUCUGCAUUCGAACACUCAUCCUAAGAUGGAAGCACUGCCGACCUUGCGCGAAAUUGAUGAAGAGAUCAUCCAGUCCAUACGAACCUUGCAGGAUCAACUUGACAUUCACUCGAGAUACUUCCGCCCACCCUUCGGUACCGUCGGAGUACGCCUGCGUCAGCAGCUGGCUCAGUACAUCGACGACCCAUACGUCGUGAACUGGAGUGUCGAUGUCGAGGACUGGCUCUGGGAGAAUUCCACCACGCCAGAACGACAGCUCGACGCAUUCUACCGCGAUGUCGCUAGAGGGGGUAACCUUGCGGUGAUGCACUACCUGAAUCCGAUAACGGUUGGAUACCUUCGGCAUUUCAUUCGGCAUGUGAAAAGUCUUGGGCUCAACAUUAUGCGAGUCGAUCAGUGUCUGGAGGAUCCAAACAGCCCGGCGUUGUGA